CUUCAAAAAGCACGAUAAUGACAUCAUACGUUUGAAUCAGAUAGUCCGUCAUAUUCUCCUAUAAAACCAGACCAGCCAGGUCCAUUUCGUAUCAUCAAGUAUCCUUCAAAAUUUUAAAGGUUAAAACCCGCAUCUAAGAGCGGUUCAGUUCAGCUAAUCUGAUACCUGAUUCUUCUGUGCUCCGCUGGUUUAUUAUUAGUUUCGUUGGAGAUCAGCAAAAUGGGAAGGUCUCCAUGCUGUAGUUCUGAUGAUGCUAAUCUCAAUAAGGGUCCAUGGAUUCCAGAAGAAGAUGAGAAGCUGCUUGAUUACAUUAACACGCAUGGCCAUGGCAAUUGGAAAACUCUUCCAAAGCAUGCUGGCUUGAAUAGAUGUGGAAAGAGUUGCAGGCUAAGGUGGGCAAACUAUCUGAGGCCUGACAUCAAGAGGGGGAGAUUCUCCGAAGAAGAAGAGAGACUUAUCAUUAGCCUUCAUUCCACUCUUGGGAACAAGUGGUCAAAGAUUGCUACUUAUCUCCCUGGACGAACAGAUAAUGAGAUCAAGAACUUUUGGAACACUCACAUCAGGAAGAAGCUUCUCAACAUGGGACUCGACCCAAACACCCACAAACCAAGAACUGAUCUCAAUCACCUUUUGAAUCUUACUCAGCUGAUUUGUGCUGCACAGUUAGGCAGCUUGGUGAAUCCUUGGGAAAGUAGUGCUCCUAAAGUGCAGGCUGAUGCUGCUCAGCUAUUGCAAAACUUAAUCCAAACCCUGAUUACCAACCAACUCUCAACUAUUAGUGCUGGUUUAAUGGGGUCCCGGAAUUCUUACCCAUAUGAAGGAUUGAUAAAUGGGACAAGCUCUCUUUAUGCCGAUGAACCAGCCCCAGUUCCUAAGAAAUUUCAUUUAAUGUCUCAAACAUCAAGUGAUCAACACCAGGGUCAGGGUGUAAUUGAAAACUCGUGGGCAAGUUUUGAAGGUUAUGAAAGCUCAGAUAUCAGUGGUUUUCUAAUUUCUGAAUUGGUUCCGGAAUCUCCUAAGACUGCUACUACUUCCAUGAACCAAAUGGGAGACGACAAGACCAACACCAAUCACGGCUCAACCAUGUCACCAGACUCUUCCAUUUUCCAGGCUUGGGAGAAGCUAAUGGAUGAUGAAACUGAUAACUCCUUCUGGAAAGAUAUUCUUGAUUUGGCAUCGUCGCCAUCAUCUCCCAUACUAUGAAGACACUAGACAAGAUCAACAUGAUCAAAGAGAAAUAUUUCAUUCAUUUUUUCUUUAGUUUCCUUUUAGCGGAUUUCUUCUUCUAUUAAUUCAUUGAUUCAUUUGGGAAAAAGCUUGAUUUAGCUACUGUAUGUUGUUGUAAGAGACACCUACUUCAAAGUUCUUGUAAACCUUUCUUUUUUUUUUGGUUAUUUUUAUUCAAAUUAAAUGUCUGUAAAUUCCUUUCCAAUUAAAAUAGGCUGAAAAACAUUAAGUUCAUAA